AUGUGUCAUGGACUGACAGUUAAUUUAUCUGCGGUAUAUAAUAAGUGCGGUUCUGAACACUGUAUGAUACUUUUGCUAACUGCACUGCUAUCUCUUGCAGCGUGCUCAGAUGCCAACCCAAGUCUAAGCAUAAAUAGAUACGAGAUGGAAUACAGCUCAGACCACUGCAGAAACAUCCCUGUCUCUCAAGCUGGCUGUCUACUAAGCAUACUCCUCAAUACUUCACUAGCAAUCUUAGUGCUUCUUGUUCUCUUACUUGCCACUGCAUGGUUACUAAUUAACACAUAUCCUGAGCUAGUCAUCUCGUGGUACAACUAUCUGCAUGGAAACAGCAGCUACACUAGUGCUGCACACGUGCCGUCCACUCUGUGCAAUGAUCUGAUCAGCGGAGUAAAACCAGCAUGCACGAUCACAGACAACAAGAUAGUAUUUAAGAACAUUUGGGAAGAAGAUCUAGAGCUCUAUCUGUGUCGCGCCCUAGACAGCUCUGCUACCCCCAUCGAGCUGUCUGAUCCUGUGGUCGAUAGUAUGCUAGACAUGUACAAUGCUACCUCUCCUGAUGAAAACGGAGACCUAUUGCAGAAGUACAUGGAAAGGAGCGUAAAGAGCAUUUUUUACAGCAGCGAAGUGCAAAGUAACGAGAAGAGAGGAGUGAACUGUGGGAUAAUUAGAUGGCUUAUUGAUGUUCUAGACAAGAAAGUGCCUGGCUAUGAUGUUCUCUACAACGGAAUAAAUAAUAGCCUCCAGAAAGUGAGUAGAAAUGCACUAAGCAUGUUCAAGAACAACACUCUCCCCGUUAGAUACCGCACUAACUUUACAGAAGUCCCUAACUAG